CUCACUCUUCUUGCUUGGGUUUCCUGUCAUCACGGCAUGAUCAUAUUUUUUCUCUCUUCACUUCUCCUUUUACACAAAUAGACUCAGACUUCUGUGUUACCAGCCUGUGCUGGCCACCUUAAAGAUAAUCAACAAAUUCUGCCUGAAGUACUGAGGGACACUGCAUACAAAAGGUCAAACUAUCCCAGCAUGGGCAUGAGCAGCUUGAAAUUGCUGAAAUAUGUCCUGUUUUUCUUUAACUUGCUCUUUUGGGUCUGUGGCUGUUGCAUUUUGGGCUUUGGUAUCUACUUCCUGGUCCAAAACACCUAUGGAGUGCUCUUCCGUAACCUUCCCUUCCUGACGCUGGGCAACGUUCUCGUCAUUGUGGGCUCAAUUAUCAUGGUAGUUGCCUUCUUGGGCUGCAUGGGCUCAAUCAAGGAAAAUAAGUGCCUGCUUAUGUCGUUCUUUGUUCUGCUGAUGAUUAUUCUUCUUGCUGAGGUGACCUUAGCCAUCCUGCUUUUUGUGUAUGAACAGAAGCUGAACACAUAUGUAGCAGAGGGCCUGAAUGACAGCAUUCAACAUUAUCACUCAGACAACAGCACCAUGGCAGCAUGGGAUUUCAUCCAGUCACAUCUGCAGUGUUGUGGUGUAAAUAGCUCAAGUGAUUGGAUCAGUGGGCCACCAUCGUCCUGCCCACUAGAUGCAAAUAUUCAGGGUUGCUAUAAUAAAGCAAAAUCAUGGUUUCACUCCAACUUUUUGUAUAUUGGAAUCAUUACCAUCUGUGUUUGUGUGAUACAGGUGCUGGGGAUGUCUUUUGCACUGACACUCAACUGCCAGAUUGACAAAACCAGCCAGGCCUUAGGGCUGUGACUUGCAACUGCCCUGAACUUAAAAGGCUUAUUUUUCUCUGGAAAUCCAAAACACCCAUAGCAUGAGGCCCCAAAAAAUUACCCACCUGCCUGGCAUUUUGGUUUUCUUUUAUCUCUUCCUUCACUGGGCUCUUGUCUUGCACAUUCAAGGAAGAGAAUAUUUGCCAUGAAUUUCCCAUCUCAAGCAGAAGAAAAUCAUUCACCAGCUGAUAGCAGUAGCCAUAUACUUUAAAGAUUGUGAAACAUAAAUGGGUGAAAUUUUUGGACGUGAGAGGCCAAGAGAACCCAUAGCACUGGUGGCUUGAGAUCUAAAGAUAACUGCAGGUAUAGAUCUAUCUCAGAGUACUGGCCUAGCAUAUGUGAGCCACUGAAUUUAGCCCCAAGUCUUACAAAAUGUAUGUUCAAGUUUAAAUGUUAGACUGAACAAUUGUCGAAUUGGUCCCUAGACUCUAAAUCAAGAUAUUAUCAUUCUACAUAAGAUACAAGGUAAAGGGAAUUUUAAAGUCAUGUUCUCUGGACAAUGGACACACCCUGUUUCCUUUUGAACAUAGGUCUUGGAAGGAAUGCUAAAGGGAUCUUUCUUCAAAGGGGAAUAUCUCAAUUUCUUUGUUAAAAUAUCUUUUUGAUUUCUGUUCCAUCCAUCCAUACAUACAUACAUCCACCUAUCCAUCUAGAAAAGACUAAUGAUUAUAUGCUAUCUUAAGUCAGUAUUAUAGCUUUUGAAUUAUAUAGUCUUAGAACAACCCAGAAGUACUAAUAUCUCCACUGUGUUUGCUGAUAAUCAUAUUCAUGUUUAUGCUGUUAUUUCUAUACCAAAUAAAGUUCUGUUAAGGUACUGUUUUAAUAAAAUAGUUUAUGAUCAUUAUUCAUCAAA